AUGACCAACGGGAAGAGAAACCACGAUGCAGUGGAUGGGUCCGCGGAUGUGCCCUCGAAGAAACAGGACCAGUGGACGAAAGGUAUCGCGCAAUUGAAGCCGCAGUACAUCGUCGCGGUGGGUGGACAGCCAAGGCAGUCGAAUGAUGACGAUGAGGAGGAGCCCUCUUCGGACAGGUUUGCUGGGGAGUCCAACAGCAAGGGCACCCGGAAGAAGAAACGCAGAGGGCAGAAUAAAGAUAGGGAUAACAGACAGGUGCGGGAGGCUAACGUGCUGUGUCCGAAAUUAGUUCAAAGUGGGGAUGCUAGUGAUUGCCCCUGGGGGGGCGCGUGUCGGUACAACCACGACCGGGCGUUGUAUUUACAGGGGAAGGCGCCUGAGAUCCGCUCGGAGGUGUUUGUGGAGGGGUGCCCCGUGUGGAAGACUCUCGGGCGGUGUCCGAUGGGUUACAAAUGUAAGUUUUUGUCCUCGCAUAUGGACAGUGACACUUUACAGUUGAGAGUGGGGGACCCGCCCAAUGAGGGUGGCUUGGCCCCCUACGCUAUCAACCGAGAGAUCAACCAUAUCUCGGGUGCUGAGAAGACAGAUCUUGUGAAGAAACGGUUCGAUUUCCCGAAGAGUGAGGAGGUGCUGUUCAUCAUCGAUGCGAUCCAACAGGAGCAACGUGAUUCGAUGGCUGAGAGGGAGCGUGCGAACCUCUCGGUAGACACAGCUCCUCAAGUGGCACAAAGAAAUAAGGCAGAACAGGAACACAGGGAUAAACAAAAGGAGACAUACCUCAAGUACAAAGAUACUCGAUACUUUGCCAUUGAGAAACGGAAACUGGAUUACAAGGGGAAGAAAAUCCUGUCCCCGCUGACCACCGUAGGGAACUUGCCCUACCGUCGUCUAAUGAAGAAACUUGGAUGUGACGUUACUUACUCUGAGAUGGCACUGUCUGUGCCACUCAUCCAGGGGACGAACUCCGAGUGGGCACUGCCCAAGGCACAUGUGAGCGAACAAGGCGGGUUUGGUGUACAAGUGGCAGCGUCCAAACCGUGGCAGGCAUCGAAGGCAGCGGAGGCACUGGCCCAGUACACGGGCUCCGGGAUCAACGAGAUCAACUUGAACUCCGGGUGUCCGAUCGACCUGUUGUACAGACAAGGUGCUGGGUCUGCACUUUUGGACAACCCUGCGAAGAUGAUCCGGUGUCUAAACGCAAUGAGUUACGUGUCGGGGGAUAUCCCCGUGACUGUUAAGAUCAGAACUGGGACAAGAGACUCUCAUCCGAUAGCAGACACGCUUAUGAAACGGCUUGUCUUUGAAACUGACGUGUCUGCAGUGACAUUGCACGGUCGGUCGAGACAGCAGCGGUACACGAAGGUGGCCGACUGGGAUUACAUCGGCAAGACAGCGAGGGCGCUGCGCGAGUACGAGGCGGAGUACGGCACCUCGGGGGGCAGAGACCGCACGAGAGUACAGUUCAUCGGGAACGGUGACGUGAACAAUUGGGAGGACUGGCACCGGUAUUUACAAGAGAUCCCAGAAAUGGACUCUAUCAUGGUUGCACGUGGAGCGUUGAUCAAGCCGUGGAUCUUCGAAGAGAUCGAUGCAGAGCAGUAUUUGGACAAGAGUUCCUCGGAGAGAGUCGAGUACAUGAGGGAUUACGCGCAGUUUGCGAUGGAACACUGGGGCACUGACGAGUACGGGAUCUCCCAGUGCCGCCGGUUUUUCUGCGAUUUUAUGUCAUUUUUCCACCGGUACAUCCCGAUGGGCAUCUGUGAACGAUACCCUGUGAAACUUAACGAGAGACCGCCAAACUGGCAAGGUAGAGACCCGAUGGAGACGCUACUCGGUAGCAACGAUGCAAGCGACUGGGUCAAGCUGAGUGAGAUGUUCUGGGGGAAACCAGAAGACACAUUCCACUACACCCCAAAGCAUAAAUCCAAUUCCUACAAUUGA